CCCUGCCAAUAAAAACCAAACAAACCGUGCAAUGGACGAUGUGGGGGAUCUAUGGAUAAACCAGCAGCAACUGAUGGCCGAGAUCUCCACCCUGCUGCAGACCACCGCGGAAUCCAGUGAUGAAAAUGCUCUGCAGCUGAAUCAGGAGCUUCAGCGCCGCCUUUUGCAGGUCAGGUCUAAGAUUCUGACAAUAUUGCAAAUAGUUAGAGCCCGCUUCGACCGGAAUGAGGACAUCCUUGUUCGGCGCCUGCGACCACGUACUCAAUUUAGCCCAGAUUCCUUCAAUCUGAGCGGGGCGAUUCUGCGCAAGGGUACGUUCCGCUUUAAGGGCAAUCUCUUCUUCCGGGACAUAGACGGCCGGAGUUGUCCCAACAACGAGGACUACGAGACGCGUUGUCAUACUGAGAUGUUUCCCACAGACUUCGACAUGCACUCCCGCCAUGUUUGGACAUUGCUGGAUAAGAAAAACGUGAUAAUGGGAAUUAAGCAACAGUUACUUGACUACAACGCCCAGAAGAUGGACAUAAUACCCAGUGCCAGUUUAAAGCGGAAGCCAACCGAGCGACAUCUUAACUCGCUAGCCUCUCUACUGACUACGGUGGAUAGCGGCUUCAGGAUUGAUUGGAACCAGAUCAGCACCCUGGAUUUGGAAUUUCGGCACUCUCCUUAUAGUUGUGAAGCCAUGUGGCAAGUCUAUCUGAGUCCCGAUAUAAAUCGUGACGAUUGGUCGCCCGACGAGGAUGAGGCUCUGCUAGCGGCGGCCUCUGCCAACCGAAUGCAGAACUGGGAACUAAUAGCAUCGUCCCUAGACCGGCGCUCCGACUACCAGUGCUUCGUCCGCUUUAAUACCGCUCUUCGUCAUCUUGUGGAGCCAAGAACGAGCUAUCGCUGGAGCGACGAGGACAACGAGAGGCUCCGUGAUCUGGCUGAGAAAAAUACAGCAAAUGGCGUAAUUAAUUGGAAAAAGGUAGUGGAAUAUUUCCCGGGCAAGUCCAAGUCAACACUGAUUGGCCGUUACUACUACGUGCUUCAUCCCAGCAUUAGCCAUGAUCCUUUUACUACUAAAGAGGACAUGAUGUUGUUUGCCGCCGUAGAGGAGUACAAUGGCAAGUUUCACUGUUUCCCGAGAACGCUCUUUCCAAACCGAUCGUUGGCACAGCUACGGACGCGUUACCACAAUGUGCUCUCACAACGCAACAAGACUGACUCUUGGUCGGUUCAGGACGACAACCGACUUAUGAGCUUUGUAACCCAGUACGGGCCUUCUCAGUGGCUGAAUUGCGCUGCGUUUUUGGGUAAUCACUCGCGUACCAGCUGUCGAACGCGCUAUUUGGUAAUCAAGAAAUUUAUGGAACAGAAUCUGAAUGCAAAAGUAGAAGAUUUGCCCCGACGCCGGCUGAGGAAAAUGUCGGUUGUCAAUUCGGACAAUUGGGCGCAGCAUUUGCAAGAAUGGCAGGAAGACCCCGAGUCAUUGAUGACAGCUCAAAGGACAAAAAGAUCACAAGUGCGAGAACCCAGAGCGAAAAAGGCUAGGACUGAGCGAAAAGAAGACAAUUCUACUCUGCUUUCAAAAGUCGACAUUGAGUUCAUAGAAUUCUUUAAGUACAGCUAUAAAUUGCCGUUGACAAUUCCGACAAUAUUCCCAAUUCCAAAAGACGUUUACAACCUCGCGCACGUGGUCAGGGCUCUCGCAUAUAAGCCACCAAUCCGUCCCUCGCUCUUACAAACAAUCUCAAUGCCGAAUAAACUGAUUAAAAGCUAUAAUAUCAUGAUGAGAAACCUGCCGGAUGAGAAUUGUGAUUUAAAGAGCCCACUGCUGCCGCCAAAUUGGUCUACGAUGAUGGGGUUCCGGGCCAUGUGCAUUCUAUCCGGAGAUUCCCGUAAAAAUGAUUCGAAAGCCAAGGAUUUUGUCUAUGAUGAAUCUGCACCGCCCAUUCAACUUUUCCGUCAGCGGUUGCGAGCGCUCUUCUACCGCACGACACUUCUCAGCCGGCUAGAGUCGCAGCUCUUUUUAGAUUUACCCGCAGCCUUAGUGUCUAUGCCACGACCCUCACCAGAUUAUGCCAAAAUGGGUACCAAUAUAAGCUUGCUCGAUCACGAACCGGAACCAAAGAACAAUUUAAAAUCUGAGCCCCUCAGAGAGGACGAAAUUAUAAAUACAGUCAAGCUAGAGGUGGAGAUGGAGUAUAUAGUUCCUUAGAAAUAGAUAAGCAAUGUUAAGUGUUAAGCUUUAUAAGUUUUUAUUUUUAAUUUAUAUCGCGUUGUAUAAUAAUUCAUUACAAUAGCUAACAAAUAAUUUAUAAACUUGUAGGUACUUUCAUUGUGUUUCACAUACAGCAAAAUCAAAUGCUUGACCGCAGGCGUACCCUAGCGAUGUACAUUAGAGUGGCUCGAGUUUCUGAAUGUAAUAUUAAAAAAUUAUUGCUUCGGACACUAAAGGUUACAUUGUACAUUUAAUCUUUUACACUGAAUAAAUGUCUUUGUCUUUUAAAA